AGCAUGAACACAGAUCCAUCAUCCUCCAGGAAACGAUCCAAGUGGGACGUAGACGAUCCCGAAGACGAAAAGCCCGCAACUCCAGAACCACAGACCAAGCGCCGUGUCUUGAAGGCACAGUCCGAACAACGUAGCUUAGAGCCGUCCCCCGCACCCAAAUCUGCUCCCCCACGCCCUGCACACAGCUACUACGUUCCCCCUCGCACCCACCACCCGCCGAUCGUGCCCUCGCGCUCCGUCUACUGCUACGAGCGCCUAAAUCAGAUCGAGGAAGGCUCCUACGGCGUCGUCUUCCGCGCCCGCGACAAGCAGACGGGGGACAUCGUCGCGCUCAAGAAGCUCAAGCUCGAGGAGGAAAAGCACGGUUUCCCCAUCACCGCCCUGCGCGAGGUCGCCUCGCUCAUGGCGUGCCGGCACGAGAACGUCGUGCGCGUGCGCGAGGUCGUCGUCGGCGACACCCUGACCCAAGUCUUCGUCGUGAUGGACUUCAUCGAGCACGACCUCAAGUCGCUGCUCACCCUCAUGCCGCAGCCGUUCCUGCAAAGUGAGAUCAAGACACUGAUGCUGCAGUUGCUUUCGGCUGUUGCACAUUGCCAUGACAAUUGGAUACUUCACCGCGACCUGAAGACAAGCAACUUGCUCAUGAACAACCGGGGGACGAUCAAGGUCGCCGACUUCGGCCUUGCACGACGAUACGGCGACCCCGUCGGCGUUGGCGGACUGACACAGCUCGUCGUAACCUUGUGGUAUAGGGCGCCAGAAAUCCUGAUGGGAGCCACUACCUACUCAACCGCCGUUGACAUGUGGUCCGUCGGCUGCAUCUUCGCCGAACUCCUCCUCAAAGAGCCGCUGUUCCAAGCCAAGAACGAGCUCGAGAUGCUCUCCAUGAUUUUCAAGCUCCUGGGCCCGCCUACCACGAAUACCUGGCCAGGAUAUUUCUCUCUGCCAUUGGCCAAGACGAUCGCACUCCCCUCGCCUCAACCUCACCAGUUCCGGCAGAAGUUUCCCUACUUAUCGACGAGUGGCCUCGACCUACUAAUGGCGCUGUUAACCUACGACCCGGAGAUGCGCAUAACGGCUGAGGACGCGCUGCAGCACCCGUACUUCACAGAAUCACCGUUACCCAAGCAUCCUGAUUUGUUUGGCUCGUUCCCAUCAGCUGCUGCAGGCGAAAAGAAGCGGCGUCUGUUCGAUAGUCCGUCUGCCCCAGCAAGGGCUGCAGACUACAAACUUAUCACGGAGUUCGAUCAACCAUAGAACAUAUUACGCUGCACGCUGUUGAGUCUUAGACAGACAUACGCAGUAUUAUAUGAUACAUGAACUGGAUUACUUGCUGUGAUUUCUGGGAGCGUGAUUAUUG